UCAAUGCUUUCUCAGCUUAUGUCACACGGGCAAUUUGACACAAAGUAGGAAAAAUGCAUCAAUGAAAAUGUGAUUUUUCGACUCCAUGCAGCCAUUUAUCGCCCUGAAAUGAAAUAUUAUCAGUAAUUGCAUUGUAGAGCUGGCGCGCAUUGCAGAGUUUGUUCAAUGUCAAGUAGCGAAAUAAGUGCGACGGGACUUAGGGAUAUGACACUUUUGAGUUGACGGCUCUCUAAAAGCAAUUUAUAUUUAAUUUUCACUGCGAAAGCGUGUGCCGUACGUUCUGCCCCGAACAAUUCGAUCAAGCUACUCAUUCGUUCGUUGUUUCCGUGUGAAUUUUCCCUUUCUAACGUGGUUUGUUGCCAAAAGCGCGGCCGCAGCGGGCAGUAUUGAAGCACUUGAUCAACGCGCACAAAAUAUGCAACUUGCGAGUGAAGUGAAAUAAUAGGAAGUUUGGGGUCAUUGCGAAACAAUUUCAAGUUAGAUUAUGACCGUGCUUAACGUGGCGUGAGUGUUACGAGUUGAUAAAAUGAGGGACGCGGACUCGGACUCGGAUUACUCCGACUCGUCGGAGAGUAUCUCGUCAACAAAGUCUUCGAGUGCAAGCAGCUUCGAAUGCGGCGCUACCGAAUUAGCGGAAAUAAACGAUGUGUCCUUCCGCCUACCGAAAUGCCUUUGCGAGAAUAGCAGUGUAUUCCGGGAAUUCUUCUCGAUGAACACUUGGAGGGAUUUGCCCGAUAAUUUCCAAGCCUACCUUAAAAAUAAGUUUCUUCCCCAUUUCCCCACAAACAAUGAAAUCGAACAGGAGACGACUUUGAAAAUGCUGUUUAAUGGUGAGAUAAAGCGAUUCGAUGUGUCGCCUAUGGACAAGUUCCAGUCAGUUCUUGAAGAAGGCGGAUACCGACCGGAUGUUUUGAAGUUGCGGAUGAGCAUUGAUCGCUCCCGGCGUCGGGAGCGACGGUAUCAGGAGUGUGAACGAGUAAGCCAGAUGGCCAAGUCGUUGAUGAUAUCCAGGGAGAAGCUGCUCCGCGCUGCUUAUGAUUCGCCGCCCGGAGGUAUGCCUAAGGCCGAAACUAUCCUCGCUAAAUGCCCACCACUCAACCAAAGCAAUGCCGCGAUUCGCGCUCAAAAGCGAUUCUUCGAUGAGAUUUCACACAUAGUGGAUUCGAUUGGGUUAGCAGAAUCGUCGGAUGAAGAAAAUCUGAUUGAAAGCAAUGCCAUGGAUACAACACCACCGCACGAUAACCAGACCACACCCAGCAACGAAAAUAAAAUCGUGGGCACCAUGUGCCGAAAAAAUUCAACAAGACGAUUCGCCACAAAGGCACUCAUCAAUGAUUCAAACUUGCGUGAAAUUUUGUGUGCACACAAAAGACGAAAGUUAGAAGAGCCCGAUCGACCUGAAUAUGAAACAAAUGACAUACGCUUACGAGAUGUACAUGCCAGAACGCAAAUAUCUGGAAACUACCGGAAAUUCCAUUCGAAGACAAUCCGGAAAAAGAUAUCUCUCAAAAGUAAGCAAAAGAAAGGGGUUGUUGAUCCAAUAUUUAAUGCAGGAUCCGUAUCGAAUGAUGAAGCUUGUCUGCCAAAUGCAGAAUAUCCUGCCGAACCUGAGACUCCCAAGAGAAUUGAAGAGAAACCAUGUGUGAAGAGCAGCGACAAUGAAGAAGAAUCCCCUGUUAAGGUAGAUACAUUACCGCCUACGUAUUCACAAAAUUCAAACGAUGACACCAAAAAGAAGCCCAAAUUGUCGAUGCCCAAUGUCAGAGUGGCUAGAAAAGUUAUCUCGAACAUAAGUGAGGCAGCUUCACCUGAGAAAAUAUCAAAUGAAGUGACGGUAGUCGAUACGCCACCAAGUAGCCAUCAACCUCAAGUCGCACCAAGUGCUAGCCCGUUCCCGCAAUAUCAUGGAAAGAUAAAAGCGGCGACGGUAUCAGAUUUAGAAGGCAUAGAUAUGAUGCGCUUACCAGUUGAUCUGGAUGAAGAGGGACAUAUAAGCCUUCUCAAAGGGCCGAAUGAUUCUAAGAUGAGUUCAGACGGUUCAGAAUUGAUGCAAGAUACUCACGUUUGCUUUUUCUCUCUCAUUCGUGACAUAUUUUGUUCAACUUCCAAUCAUAGAAUAAAACUUGAAGAUUUAACAGAAAAAGUGUGCGCAUGGCUUUCAAACCCCAUCACUGCCUUGAAUGAUUGGUACAGCAAUGCCGACAAUUGGCUUACACUUAUCCCAUCAGCAAUACAUUUUCUUGCUGGCGAUUUCACGGAUCAACCAGAAGAUUUUGUACCCUAUUUAGAAUUUAAAACCCAUUUAGACAUUUACCAAUGGAUAGGGGCAGGAAGAGAUUCAGACCAGCAUUUACUACAGCUUUACAAUUAUUGGCUAUCCAGGCGACAUGAAAUGGGUAGCAAACCCAUACAUAAACAUGAACAGUGCACUCGCAAAUCAACCGACAUCGAAGAUAUUUUAUUAAACGAAAAACCUAUUUCACCACCCCCACCGAAGUGUCCAACAUCAUGGAUAGUGCAGCCGUACACUAGUGACGAAAUUGCUGAAUUCCGUAUACAAGAAAAGCAAAGAUUCGAAAACCCGCAUCGAGCUUUUACGUAUAGGAUGCAUGGUUACGAAAGUGUAGUUGGACCUGUUAAAGGCAUAUAUACACAAAUAUUUGCCCUGACAAAGGCCAGAGGACAUAACAUGCUCAUCGCAGACAGACCAAAUUUUGUAACGAUUCUUACGUUGGUGCGUGAUGCGACUGCGCGUUUGCCGAACGGUGAGGGUACGAGAGCUGAUAUCUGUGAGUUAUUGAAGUCAUCACAGUACAUCAAUCCUCAAGCACAAGACAGCAUUCUGCAAACUAUUGUAAGCGGUGCACUAGACAGAAUGCAUACUGAACAUGACCCAUGUGUUAGAUAUGACCCUAAACGGAAAAUAUGGAUAUAUUUACAUCGCAAUCGCACUGAAGAGGAAUUCGAGCGUUUGCAUCAGCAGUACCAAGGCGUGGGUAAACAUAAAAAGACAACAAAUAGGAAGCUCAAACAGAAGAUGACAAACGUAUCAGGUUCAGAGGACGCUGUUGCCAUUACUUCUAUUACUAGUAAUGUAGCCACACCUAAGCUUUUGCCGACCCUCAGUUCAAUCCAACAACCAUCCCCGCAGCCGGUUUUGGCGAACAGUGCAAAUCAUAUAUCGCUGAAGAUUUCACCGAAAAGCCAGAUAAAGCCAGAAUUAGUGCCAAUUAAGGCAGCUACCAUAAAUCCAGAAAAGCACGAAUCUCAAGAUAGCAACACACCGAAGGAGGGACGUCCCGUGUCGACCCUAUUGCAAAGAGCGCAGAAUUUCCAAAUGCUGCCUACGUUGGUUGUGGAUGCCAAUGCACAGAAGUUUGCUCCCAGGAGAACCGUACUUCAAAAUACACCAAUUUUGAGUUCAUCUCUUACUGUGGCCUCUAACCCAACAAUCGUGCAAUCUACAGCCUCACCACUUCCAAAUAACAACUUUGAUCCGAAGUCUUUAACAUCACCGUUAACAACACCUUCACCCGGACAAUCAUUCGCCGGUGUCAAGGCUCAACAAACGAUGCCGGAGAAGAAAAUUGUUAAACAAAUUUCAGUGAGUGAAAAUAGUGUAACACCGAAUGUAGUUACUUCCUCAACCCAAGGUUUUGUGAUACCGAUUAAUUUGAAUAAUUCUGACAAAGUGAAGCAUACAAUCACUACUACUGUCGCAACUCUUACCAGCAUAAAUUCAAAGCCCAAGGUAAAUCAAGCGCAAGGGCUUGUGCAUAGUACCACAAUUAAACAACCAAACAAAAGCUUCCUGAGAGUUUCAUCGACAACAGCUCAGGCAGGGAAAAGUCUUAUAAGCCCUCAUGUGGCAGUGACAAACAUUACCCUGCAACAACAACAGAAGCUAUUGAGCAACAUAAAUUCACCAAAUGCUGCCGCACAACAGAGAGUCGGACAAGUAAAUCUGACGCCUGGACGAACUCAACAGAAGGCUACGCUAGUGAACAAUACAAAAACUCCACAUCAUAUCGCUUUGUUCAAUCAAAAACAAAAUAUUCAAAGCAUUAUCCCUGCUGGCAAUAAUAAAACGAUCCAACGCCAAAAUACUAUAAACUUACAAAAUGCGGUGAUGAUUCCUAGCAGUCAGAUAUCGCAAACUGGUCUUCAGGGUAAGCAGGUGAUAAUUUCAUCACAAGGGGGUGUUCCACAAUUGCAAAAGGUUGUCAUAACGUCUGGAAAUAGCUCAAUUCCAUCGACAACUAUUACGGCGACGCCCUCGAAUGUAGUUACUUCUCACACAGUUGGCACGAGCUUAAUAAAUCCGCAAAUAAUACGCAUUCAACAGACUGGACAAUUAGCUGGUGCUAAAUUGCAAACUAUAAAUGCUUCGAAUAUUACGCAGCAGGAUCAAAGCCUUUUCCAAGGAAUCAAGAAGCAACAGCAAAAGAUUCAGCAGGGACAACCUUCAAAUCAAUCUUUAAUCAUCAAGCAACAGCCAGUAUUUCAACAAAUUCAAAAGCAAGGUGGUCUGUCAACAUCACCUGUGGUAUCUACUACCAUAUUAGGUAGUAAUACAGCGAAAACGAUUACAACCGCCGCUCUAGCUGCUACAGUCAGAGACAGUUCGAAUGCCACUGUGAAUCAAACAUUCAUCUCACAACAGGCAAUUAACGCGAAAAAUGAGGGCACAAUGCCCCAAACGUCAGUUGGGAAACCAACUCAAACUGUAACCCGAGUGAUAAAAUCAGGAGGCACCAUAAUGCAACCCCAUACUUUAACAAAUGUUCCUGGUAUCAGAACGCAAGCAGGUAGCCCAGUGAUGGCUAAAGUGGUAGCAAAUAAUCCUGGACAAAUAAUAUCUCUUGAAAGUCUUCUUCAAAAGCAAAGCACAAGUGCGACUUUACGCAUUGCUGGAACGAAAACAAACCAAGCCAAUGUAUUACAACUUGGGGCACCGGGAACACAGAUGGCUCAAUAUGCGGUUGUUUCGCAAGGACGUAAUAUUAUAUCGGUAGCUGCACCUCAUCGAAUGGUUGCGACGCCUGUAAGCAAUGCCGGAACAAUAGUUACUAGCUUGGCUUCAGUCACAGGAACGAAACUUGGAGAGCAAACCAUAACAGCGUUGAAUACGGGAACAAGUCAAGCACAGACACAAAAUACAUCGAAAGUUAUAACAACAAAUCAAAUACAUUCCAUUGCUGCCCAGCAGUUUAUGAAUGCAAAGGUUUUGAGUAAAACAGCUUCAGGCGGCAUACGGAUGGUGAAUGCGUCUAAUUUGAAUAUUGCACACAUACGUGGAAAGCCAGUAAUCAUAGCCAGCAAACCCACCAAUGUUUCCGGUCAACAAGGCAAUCAGAGUGUCAUAUUGCAGAACGCGAUGAACAGUACGCCGGUUGUGAUUGGUGCGCAAACAUUAAAGUUGCAAGGCAACGUUCUUGCCCCGGCAAAUGUUCAAGUGCUUAGCCAAUCUUCAUCAGCGCCAUCCCAAACAGUCGUUCUUGGAAACCAAAUAAUUAAAGUACAACAAGCUGUGCCACUGAAAUCGCAAAAUACGACUCCAGUAUCGAAUAUUAUAUCCAACACAAUAAGCUCAGUGAACUCGAAUGCACCACAUUUGGGAACUUUAUCAGUAACAAACUCUAGUAAUUCAAACUUAAGUACAAUUGGUCCCAAAACAGUUGUUCUGGGCUCAACCGGCCAAACGCUUCGAGUGCAGCCAUCUACGAAUGUUAAUGUACAAACAGCUUGCAGUUCAUCACAAGCACAGCCGUUACUGCUGGGAACAGCUGUUAAGGGAGCAACUGUUAAAGGUACAAACACCGGUCAACAACGUGUGGUGCUGGCGGUGCAGGGAGGCGGUCAAAUCAUACUACCACCAGGAUUCCAAGGUGGGGCCAUCAACCUAAAAUCAAUGCAAGGACUGAAAGUUGUAUCAGUCACGCAACAACAGAAUAAAGAUGAAUGCAACGAUCGUCCAUCGAUUUUUGCGCAGAUGAUGCCAACACAACGAUCUCCGAAUUCUGGUGGAGAAUGAAAUUAAAGCAAUUGUGAAGCUAACGUUCUACUGCGAGACGAAGUUUCAUGCUCCUUAAUAAACUAAACUAGGUUAUACGAUUUGAUUUCCAUUGGAAGUAAGGACCUUCAGAAGAGUACACAGGAAUGUUAUUUUCAUUUCAAAGUAAGCAACAAAUUUUAUUGUCCAUAUUGGCUUAUUAGAAUUUCGGAAGUACGAUUCGAUUCAAAGGGUUAAGGAGUGAGAAUAUCAUUUUUAACGAGAAUAGUGCGCGAUGCUGAUCUCAAAGGACAUUUUGCAGUCGUAUUAUAGUUGGCCAUUUGAUAAUUAGUUGAAAAAAUCUAGAAUUCAUCUUUGCUAGGAUAACAAGUUAAAAAGUUGCCAAUCUGUAUGUUUUGAGUAAUGUGGCAAUUUUAUUUGUGUAAUUUUUCGACAUAGGUGCAGGGGGUUCACAGGAGACACCCUAAAUUCUCGUGCAAGGUUGUGACUGGUAAAAAACUGCUUUGAAUCGAACCAUGUUUCCAGGGCUUCAUUUCUCCCAAUAUUGGAGGAAUAAAUGGUGUUUACUUGAAAAUGCAACCUUUAUCUGUAAAUAUAUAUGUACGCUGGAUGCGGAUCGCAUUCAGAUUUCCGUAGUGUUUCAUGAAAAUAUUACAUAUGGAAUUUUUAUUACGAAUUAUGUACGUAACUGUAUGUAUGUUUUUUUCUUUUUCUAUAUUGUAAAAGGAUUUGAAUUGUGAAUAAAUAGCAACAUUUGUUGAGCAAUUAAA